UUGUCACAACUGUAUGCAGUUAAAUUGUGUCUGUUGUCGAUGGCCUAGAGAAUACACGAGGAAGAUGGCUACCACCAUUGUCAAGUUAAAAGAUUGCGAAGUCUGUGACAUAAAAAAAGCAAGAUAUACUUGCCCAAAAUGUGAGGUUAGAACGUGUUCUCUUACGUGUGUAAAUAUUCACAAAAAGGAGCUAAAAUGUGAUGGGAUUCGGGACAACACGAAAUAUAUCUCGCUAAAAUCAUUUACAGAUUUAGAUGUAUUAAGCGAUUAUCGUCUUCUCGAGGAGAUAGGCAGAACAGUCAAUGAAUAUAAAGGAAAUCCAAAGAAAAAAUAUACACGUCAAGGUGUACCACUACCAUUAUAUUUGUACAAACUGAAGUCAGCUGCGUUUUCCAGAAAAAUAUCUCUGUCAUUUAUGCCACAAAACUUUAGUCGACGUAAAGCAAAUACUACAUAUCUCAAUUGGAAGACUAAUGAGCUUUUCUGGCGAAUAGAAUGGAUUUUCCCACAAGCAGAAAACAUAAAGCGGAUAACAACAAAGGCUCUAGAAACUACGAGAGUAUCAACACUUGUGGAUCAGCUGCUCGAUCCUGUUCUUUUAUUAAAGGAUAAAACUGAUAACACAGAAUUAAAUGUAAAAUUGCCUGAAAAUGUAGUUGAUAGGUUACAAUUUUAUAAAGCAGCUGGAUCAAAUAAUAUUAAAGUUUUGCUAAAAGCUGAAAAAGUGAAAAAAUCAAGUUACAGGUUCUAUGACUUAGAUCUCACACUUACAUUGAAAGAAAAUUUGCGAAAUAAGACUAUAAUAGAAUUUCCAACACUAUAUGUUGUUAUGAAGGAUCAUUCUUAUAUGUAUGAAAUUAUAGACACUGAUGAAGAAACGAGCGAAACAGAAUAUGAAAAUCGUACAGCAAGAAAAAAAUGCACCAAUAACGCUUUUGAGAAUAAGGAAGAUCCAAUAAAUUAUUUCUUCAAUGAUUUUUCAGAAUUUGAUGAUGAGAACAUGAGUGAUAGAUUACACAGAGACAAAUACUCAACUGGUCUUGAUAUACCUUAUUAUGAAGAACUACCGAAGACUAGUCCCUAAUCUUUAUAAUGAUGGCAUACCAUUGGCUAUUAUUAUUAAUAUUUACUUAUAUAUUCCCAGAUAUUUUUAUUGUAAAUACAUUAUCGUUAUAGUUUUGGUACAAUACAAAUAUGAUUAAUAUUAAUAUGACAAUGUAUAUGAUCGACAGUAUACAUAUAUUUUUUUAUUUAGUUUCUUUUCCUUUGAGAAUACAUACAUCUGCAUAUCACCAGAAAAUAUAACCACAAUUAAUAGUAAAUAUAUUUUUUUCAAAUCA